AAUCCAACUUUUCAAAUUUCUUCUAAGCACAUCGGCUGAUAUGUCGAUCGAUCUCUAUUUCAUUAAAAAAAUUCUAAAUAAAAUGAAAAGAAACCAUGUUGGUGAGAUUUCCUAGUCCAACGACCUAUCUCUGUUGCCCGCCAAAGUUUUCCAACGGGAAUUUGAGCUUCUCUACUGUCAAAGAUCAAUGUAUUUCCCUCCUAAAUUCUUGUUGUUCCAUGCAAGAUCUAACCCAAAUUCAUGCUUAUCUCUGCACCACUGGUCUUGUCUCUGAUGGGUAUCUCAUCAGUGAAAUCCUGCGAUUUUGUUCCCUGUCGCCGUUGGGGAGCUUAGAUUAUGCGCAAUCACUUCUCCUUCACUCCCCCGAUCCCAUCCCCACUUCGUGCUGGAACAAUGUCAUUAGGGGUAACGCCGGAAGAGACUGUCCGAGAGAGGCCAUUGCAGUUUUUCUCGAGAUGCGGAAGCGAGGAGGAAGACCCAAUAACCUCACCUUCCCCUUUCUCCUCAAGGCGUGCGCUCGUCUCUCGGCUCUUAGUGCAGGGAGGCAAAUACAAGUAGAGAUUGUGAAGAAUGGUCUCGAUUCAGAUGUUUAUGUUCAGAACUCUUUGAUUCAUUUCUAUGGUUCUUGUCGUGAGAUUUCAGAUGCACGUUACGUGUUUGAUAUGAUGCGUUUGAGGACCGUCGUUUCUUGGAAUGCCAUUAUCUCUGCUUAUGUUGAAAGAUCCCAAUUUGAUGAUUCCAUUGGUCUUUUUGCUGAGAUGAGACUUUAUGGGAUUGUACCAGAUGAGGCUUCCAUGGUCGUCUUGCUUUCUGUUUGUGCUGAGCUUGGGAACUUGAGCUUGGGGAACUGGGCACAUUGUCAAGCCAUAGAAACUGGGUUGGUAUUAAAUUGUCGACUGGGUACAGCUCUUGUUGACAUGUAUGCAAAGUGUGGGAAUGUAAGUUCUGCAGGCUUCAUAUUCGAAAGAAUGCUCGAUAGAAACGUCUGGACAUGGAGCGCCAUGAUCUCUGGUUUGGCCCAACAUGGUUUGGCGAAGGAAGCCCUUGACCUUUUCCUCGAGAUGAAGAACCAUUCAAUUCGGCCUAAUUAUGUAACUUUCCUUGGGGUGCUCUGUGCGUGUAGCCAUGCAGGCUUGGUGGAUGAUGGGUGGAGGUUCUUUCAUGACAUGAAACAUGUGCAUGGCAUUGAACCUAAGAUGACACAUUAUGGUGCCAUGGUCGAUAUUUUGGGUCGUGCAGGUCUUCUUACAGAGGCUUAUAGGUUCAUUCUGCACAUCCCUGUUGAGCCUGAUCCUGUUGUAUGGAGGACAUUGCUUAGUGCAUGCAGCAGCCAUGACCCUAAUGGUAGUACAGGGAUUUUGGAGAAGGUUAGAAACAAGUUGAUUGAGUUGGAACCCAGAAGGAGCGGGAAUUUUGUGAUGGUUGCAAACCUCUAUGCAGAGGUUGGGUUGUGGAAGGAAGCAUCAAAUGUACGGAAGAUGAUGAGGAUUGGAGGAAUGAAGAAGAUGGCAGGGGAGAGUAGCAUUCAGAUUGGUGGGUGCAUCCAUAGAUUUUUGUCUGGGGAUGAUUCCCUGGUUGACCGUGAGAGCAUCUACUGGUUGCUUCAUGGAUUGUACGUGCACAUGAAGAUGGUUGAUUAUGAUUUUCCCUGAUAUCAGGAUCCAGGCCUAACAGAUAACAUGCCUGAUUUUGUGUUCAUUAUGGUAUUCUUGAUUGUAGAGGGCAGGCCUUGGUGCAAUGGUAAGUUUGCUCCAUUGCAACCUAGUGGUAGUGGGUUCGAGUUGGGAAACAGCCUCUCCGCCAAGCGAGGGUAAGACUGCGUACAUUAUGACCCUCUCCAGACCUCACAAUGCUCAUGCUUUGGGUACGCCCCCCUUUUUUGAUACUGGUUACAAUAUGAGAAAUAAUUUGAUUUUUUAAUGUUAUUAAGCAAAAAAAUACCUGCAUUCUAAAUUUCUCAGAAAUUUUUUUUCCUUUUUUUUUUGUAGCAUCAAAAUUUUUAUUUAUUUAUUUAUUUAUUUUCUGAAUUCAAGACUACAACUUAAUAUUUAUUACAAAUGUAAUUGUGGUUGUACAAUUUCAGAUGGAUCAGAAAGUUUCAGUUAGUGUAA